UUAAACCUCAAUCAUCACAUAAUAAGUUAAUAACCACCCUCUCUCACAAUAUUCUCUCCCUCCAAAUAUUUCAGUUGACUUGUAAUUCAUCUUCUUCUUCAUCUUCUUCAAUGGAGCAAGGAACCAGAAAAUCAAUCACCGACGAAUACGAAAUUACAGAUGUACUUGGCAGAGGCGGUUUCUCCGUCGUCCGACGUGGCAUUCAUAAGAACUCCGACGAAAAAAACAAGCACGUGGCCGUCAAAACGCUCCGACGAUUCGGCCCCCUCACCCCCCAAAAAACAAACCCUAAAAUCGCAAUCCACACAACCAAACAGUCCCUUAUCUCCGACGCGCUCCUCACGAACGAGCUCCUGGUAAUGCGGCGAAUCGUGGAGGACGUUUCGCCCCACCCGAACGUGAUCCACCUCCACGACGUGUGCGAGGAUGGGAGUGGGGUCCACCUGAUACUCGAGCUCUGCUCCGGCGGCGAGCUUUUCGACCGGAUUGUGGCCAAGCCGAGGUACAGCGAGGCGGAGGCGGCGGCGGUGGUGAGGCAGAUUGCGAACGGGCUGACGGCGCUGCACAGGGCGGGUAUUGUGCAUAGGGAUUUGAAGCCGGAGAAUUGUUUGUUUCUGAGCAAGGAGGAGGAAUCGCCGUUGAAGAUUAUGGAUUUUGGGCUGAGUUCGGUGGAGGAAUUUACAGAUCCGGUGGUGAAAUUGUUUGGGUCGGUUGAUUAUGUGUCGCCGGAGGCGCUCUCCGGCGAGAGGGUUACGGCGAAGAGUGAUGUGUGGUCACUUGGAGUCAUUCUUUACAUUCUUCUCUCAGGGUAUCCUCCUUUCAUUGCACAAUCAAACCUGCAGAAGCAAAAAAUGAUAUUAAAUGGAGAGUUCAGCUUCUAUGAGAAAACAUGGAAGAACAUUUCAUCAUCAGUGAAACAACUCAUCACCAGUCUUCUCAAAGUCGAUCCCGAUUUGAGACCAAGUGCCGAAGAGAUUCUUGGGCAUCCGUGGGUGACGGGAGAUUUGGCGAAGCAAGAACAAAUGGAUGCCGAAAUUGUUACGCGGUUACAAAGCUUCAAUGCGAGACGUAAGUUUCGAGCGGCUGCAAUGGCGAGUGUGCUAAGUAGUAGCUUCUCAUUGAGAACAAAGAAGCUCAAGAAUUUGAUGGGGUCUUAUGAUCUCAAGCCGGAGGAGCUCGAGAAUCUCAGUGUAAAUUUCAAGAAAGUAUGUAAGAACGAAAGCGCGACUUUGUCGGAAUUUGAGGAGGUUUUGCGAGCGAUGGAGAUGUUGUCGUUGGUCCCACUUGCGCCGCGCAUAUUUGAUUUGUUUGAUAAUAAUAGGGAUGGGACUGUUGAUAUGAGAGAGAUUAUUGGGGGGUUUUCUUGUCUUAAAUAUUCGCAAGGCGACGAUGCGUUACGCCUUUGUUUUCAGAUGUACGAUACGGAUCGUUCCGGUUGCAUUAGCAAGGAAGAACUAGCAUCCCUUCUAAGGGCCUUGCCCGAUGAUUACCUUCCGAUGGACAUUACCGAACCGGGGAAACUAGACGAGAUAUUCGAUACGAUGGACGCAAACAACGACGGUAAAGUUACCUUUGAGGAGUUUAAGGUUGCAAUGAAACGCGACAGCUCUCUUCAAGAUGUCGUCCUAUCAUCUCUUCGCCCUAAUUAAUUAGUGUCCUCAAUCGAUUUCGUUCUGUAUACGAAUUUGCUAUUUUCGUAUGUUAUUUCAUUUGAUAGCAUAGUUGAGGCUCAUGAUUUAUUAUUCGUCUGCAACAUAAUCAAAUAUAGAUUACAAAUAACUUGUAAUACAUACAUAUAAUAUAUUCAAUGCAACUCUAUCUAAUGCAAUCACAUCCUUCUUA